ACCUUGGGUGUCCUGCGCACAGACGUCCGUCGCGUAUCAAACGUCUAUUCCGAUCCGAGAGGAGUCAAUCUCGAAUGCAACGUAGAUAAUUUUUAGAUUAGUAGUACACAUCGGUUAGCGUGAGGCUCCACGAUGCCUCUAUUUGGCAAAAAAGAUUUCGGGAGGAAAUCUAAAAAGGAAAGUCGCGAAGCUGAGAAGCUGCCAUCCAUCGACGACAAGUAUGUAGUGAAAGAUUUGCUCGGCACUGGCGCUUUCUCCGAGGUGCGCCUCAUCGAGAGCAAGGAGAACGGCCAGCUGUUCGCGUGCAAGAUCAUCGACAAGAAGGCGCUAAAAGGAAAAGAGGACUCUCUGGAGAACGAGAUCAGAGUUCUGAAGAGAUUCAGCGAGGCGAAGAGCGAUGGCGCGGACAAGAAGAUGUUUUCUCACCCGAACAUCGUUCAGCUGCUGGAGACUUACGAGGACAAGAACAAGGUGUACCUGGUGAUGGAGCUGGUGACGGGGGGCGAGCUGUUCGACCGCAUCGUGGAGAAGGGCUCCUACACGGAGAAGGACGCCGCCAAUCUCAUCCGCCAGGUGCUGGAGGCGGUCGACUACAUGCACUGCCAGGGCGUCGUGCACCGCGACCUCAAGCCCGAGAACCUGCUGUACUACAGCGCCGAAGAGGAGAGCAAGAUCAUGAUCAGUGACUUUGGCUUGUCUAAGAUUGAGGACUCCGGCAUCAUGGCUACAGCCUGUGGCACCCCGGGAUAUGUGGCUCCAGAGGUCCUUGCCCAGAAACCGUAUGGCAAGGCCGUAGAUGUGUGGAGCAUAGGAGUCAUCUCCUACAUAUUGCUGUGUGGAUACCCACCGUUCUAUGAUGAAAGUGAUGCAAACCUGUUUGCACAAAUUCUAAAAGGCGACUUUGAGUUCGACUCGCCUUAUUGGGAUGACAUAAGUGAUUCUGCUAAAGACUUCAUACGGCAUUUAAUGUGUGUCGAUGUUGACAAGAGAUAUACUUGCAAACAAGCACUGGCCCAUCCAUGGAUAUCAGGCAAUGCGGCGAGCAGCAAGAACAUCCAUGGCACCGUGUCCGAGCAGCUCAAGAAGAACUUUGCCAAGUCUCGCUGGAAACAGGCAUACCACGCCACCACCGUCAUCCGGCAAAUGCAGAAGAUGGCUCUUAGCAGCAGCAGCUCGAGUCGCAAUGCAGCCUCCAACUCACAGAGCAAGCAGUAGCGAGUGGACUGACCCCCUCCCGCACCUCGCACCCGCCAUGCUUGUUCCAGGUACUUAAAUUAGUUGUUCCCAACAAUUCUGACAGGGUUUGUCUCUCCAAUUAAUAACAUUGAAACUGAAUUAUGAUCUGACAAUGAGACAACAUCUAUUGAUAUUUUAUUUGCUCUCAUAACUAUGUUUAGAUCUGAAGAUUUUAUUUUUUAUUCUCCUUACAAUUAAGAUUCAUUUGAAGUGUUCUGUUUAAGUGGGCGACUUUCUUUAACACAUCAGUUCGCAAGUGAUUAUUAAAUUGAUACUUGUGGCUGACAUUAAUUGAAAUUCAUUGUCAAAUCAGUUGCUGAGAAGCAAGUGCUAUAUUUAUCUGUGCCAUGACUUCUCUAAAACUAUAUUAUUAUGUACCUAUCUACUUACUAUGUAUCAAAAAAAAUGCUUUUAUCGUGUUCUUAAAGUUAAUUGGAACAGUGAUUUUAAUGUUAUCACAUAGUGUUACAAGAUCAACGAAAGUGUUAUUAUUAUUCAUAAUAUGACUAGUCAUUGUGGCUUAUUAAAGAUGUUGUUAGGUCUUUUAAUAAGUGAAAGGUAGUCACAAAGCAAUAUGAAAUAUUCUAUCAUCAAAUUGUUAUUCCUCUAUCCUUCUUGAUACUUACUCAUAAACUUAUUGAUAGGUUUUAAACAACUGACGAUUUUAUGUUCAAAUAAAAGAAAAAUAUAUUUCCUAUUUCUAGAUAAGUACAAGACGUUUUUCACGUUGAUCACUCAUUAAAAUCAUUAUUUAUCUAUACUUCAUACAUGUACCUUUGCAUUGGAAUAGAAAUGUUGUUCUCUUUAAAUAUACUGCCUAAAAUAAUUAUUGCUAGUGGACAGUGGUGAUAAUCACAUAUUAAUAAGUGCUAUGUUAUUAGAUGAGUUGUCCUUAUUAUCUGAAUCUUAUAUUUACUGAAAGUUGUUACAGUUAAAGGCGUCACUAAAUAUCAAAACAUGAAUUUAAUUC